GUGGUUUCUGGGAUAAAUGAUGCACACACCUUGUUUUCCAGUGACCGGCAGUUAGUUAAAAAGAGGAGUGGGUUAAACCAAGUUCACACCAACAGCCGACAACAAAGGUUCCAAGCAAAAUGUGGCACAUAGCCCUCAUGCUAUUGGCUGCCAGCUCGUCGCUGAGCCUGGCCAGACCUCAUCUCCAACCACUGUCCAAUGAGAUGGUCAACUACAUCAAUAAGAUCAACACUACAUGGAAGGCUGGUCACAACUUCCAUAAUGUUGACUACAGUUAUGUCCAGAAACUCUGUGGUACGAUGCUGAAGGGACCUAAACUGCCAAUCAUGGUUCAGUAUGCCGGAGACCUGAAGCUGCCGAAAGAAUUUGACUCCAGAGAGCAGUGGCCCAACUGUCCCACUCUGAAGGAGAUCAGAGACCAGGGCUCCUGUGGAUCCUGUUGGGCGUUUGGUGCUGCAGAGGCUAUCUCCGACCGUGUGUGUAUCCACAGCAAUAGCAUGGUCAGUGUGGAGAUAUCCGCCGAGGAUCUGCUGACCUGUUGUGACACCUGUGGCAUGGGAUGUAAUGGUGGGUACCCCUCGUCUGCCUGGGACUUCUGGACCAAAGAGGGACUGGUCUCUGGAGGUCUCUUUGACUCCCACAUCGGUUGCCGGCCCUACACCAUCCCCCCCUGUGAGCACCAUGUGAAUGGUACCAGACCUCCCUGCACUGGAGAGGGUGGAGACACACCGAAGUGCAUCCUCAAGUGUGAUCCUGGAUACACGCCAAGCUACAAAGAGGACAAGCAUUAUGGUAAAACGUCUUACAGCGUGGAGGCAAAUGAGGAGCAGAUUCAGUAUGAGAUUUAUAAGAAUGGCCCAGUAGAGGGAGCCUUCAUCGUCUAUGAAGACUUUUUUUUUUACAACGCAGGUGUGUAUAAGCAUGUGUCUGGGUCUGCUUUGGGUGGCCACGCAUCAUCAGGCUGGGGGGCUGGGGAGGGGGUGCCCUACUACUGGCUCUGUGCCAACUCCUGGAACACUGACUGGGGUGAUAAUGGAUUCUUUAAAAUCCUGCGUGGAUCGGAUCACUGUGGUAUUGAGUCUGAGAUUGUGGCCGGCAUUCCCAAAUAAAACCUAAGGUUUUAAACUGCAGAGGCCAUUCCUUCAUCACUAGAGGGCGACACACUCCUGCUUUUAGUAGUUACGUUCAAAGCCCACAUAUGACCUUUCACACAUGGCAUGUGGUUUUCUUUCUACAGCAGACUCAAGAGCAACCUUCAUUUCAUGUAGGCUGAUUAGCAGAUGGGGUAUGACAGCAACUAUGUGCCUCAGCACAAAUCACCAUUGUUGAAUUUAAGGUGUUUUUUGUGAAUGAGCUGUUGUAAGGUCUUGUUCCUUUUUAUCUCUUACCUCUUAAAUCAAGAUCAAUCAAAAAGUCACACGAGAAGAAAAUGUAUUUUUAAGAAAUGCCUGUGUUUUUAAUUUCAUCUCGGGUGAUUUGAAGCAGACUGUCACUGUUGUAGAAAUGACUGAAUGUGUCUCCCUCACCUUUUUUUUUUUUUUUUUUUUCUUUUUUUUUUUUUUCUGCACUGGUAAAAAAAAAUAUUGGCCUUUUUAGCACAAUACAGAGAGAGGUAGGUUUGUUUGAACGUGUCUAAUUUUAAAUAAUCACGGCUUUCGUUUUGAAGGCCUUUUUUUAAAUUUUAAUUAUUUUAAUCUCAUUGCAAAUGCUACUAUAUGUCUGAUUGUCCUCCUUGUAAUGGGUGCCUGGUAAUGUUUUUAAACUUUAUUGUCAAAUGAAGAAUUCAACUUUUUUUUUUUUUUUUUUUUUUUUUUUAAAUAUGGUUGGAAAUGAGAUGGGGCUGUCUCUAUUGACUGCCUGUAUUAAUCAAAUAUGUUGGCAAGUUAGUUAUGUUUUUAAUUAAAUAAACCUUCUUUGGUUCCUAAUAUUGGGUUAUUACUCUCAAAUGUGCAUGCCGGCAUCAGUUAUGUAGCAUUUUAUCUGGCAGAUGUGAAGCCUCUCACAACUGAUGGGAUUGCCUCAGCAAGAAAACGUGGGUCAAGAUGUGAUAAAUGAGUAGAUGUGAGUCAAAACUAUUCUGAUGGUAGUUGAUAAACUUUGUUGGUUUCUGUUGUAUUUAAAUUUUUCAUCCAAACUGGGCAACAAACCGAGACUUUGACUCACAGUACAUGGAUGGUAUUUUGUGACAAACAUUCAUCAUAGAGCAAAGUUAGCAAAUUGUUUGCUAUAUGCAGUGGUUGAAGGAGUACUCACCUCUUUUUUGCUGAGGUAAAAGUAGCAAUACAAGUGUAUAGCAAUGCUCUGUUACAAGUAAAAGCCAUACAAAAUUUUAAAGGAAAAGUACAAAAGUAUGGGCAUCAAUAUGCUUUGCUCCGAAAAAGGCAAUUACUUAAUGUAUAUUGUAUAACUGGAUUAUAAUUAUUGAUGCAUCAAUGUGUACAUCACUUUAAUGUGGAAGCUGCUAAAUAGGGGCUAAUAUUAAUUACAUUAUCUACUGCCAGGUAGCUUGUGAAUUUUCCCUGAUGAUCAAAGUCUUAUUUUAAUUAAUAAUACAUCAUAAUUAAUGUGUCAGUUAUAUUUUGUAUUAUUAAACUGAAUCUGAAAAGUAACUUGUAAAUAAAGUUAUC